CCCGGCGAGCGCAAAGAGCCGGAGUUUAAGCGACCGAAGUUUUGUUUACCUUUCGGCGAGGAAAAAAAAACAAACAAAAAUUGAAAGAAGAAGAAAUAAAAAAAAAGGGGGAAAUAGGAACGAAGGGAUAGUAAAGGAGAGGAAAUAAACAGGAUAGAUACAGAAGACCAUGUCGGGAGCUGCCUUAGGAUUGGUCCAGUAUGUGGUGGUGCGGUCAGACCUCAUGACAAAUCUAGCCUGGCCUGUGGGGGCGGUCAUUGCCCAGGCCUGCCACGCCUCCACAGCUGUUGCUCAUCUCUACCGGGACGACCAAAACAUGCAGCGGUACCUGGCAGAUCUCGAUAAUAUGCACAAGGUUGUCCUAGGGAUCGAGAGCGAGACAAAAAUUCGAAAUUUAUCAGAAAAACUGCAAGAGGCUGUGAUCGACCACAAACUCUGGAUAGAACAGCCCGAGGACACGCCAACUUGUCUCGUGACCAAGCCUUACCCUAAAGACGAAGUCAGCCGUUUUUUUAAGAAGUUGAAAUUGUUUAAGGUGGAUAGCCCUGCCAGUUCCAGCGUAAAUUCGAGUAAUUAAUCGAGAGUAGUGGUUGUUUCCUUUAUUUUGUUAUUAUUAUAAUCUUUUUCUCGUAAUUAUUCCCCUCUCUGCCGUUCUUGUUUCCGGCUCUCUUAUUCCAGCUAAGUGAACCGUCUUCAUUGUUAGAGAUAACUUAAUGAUUUGAAGAUGGCUUGCUCGUCCUUCACGUGCAGUCUGCUGAGAAACGCUUAUGGAAUUUGUUGUUAUAUUUUGAGGCUUGUAUUUGUUCGAGGAGCCAUUUUGAAUUGCCGUGUGGCCCUUUCGAGAAGUUAUCAGUGUUGAUUUAUCUUUCCCAGUGGGUAUGUUUUUUAUCAAUAUUUUAUGAAUGUUCUCAUCAUCAUUAUUAUUGUUAUUUAUUAUUAUUAUUAUUAUAAUUAUUAUUAUUAUUAUUAUUGUUAAAAUUGUCAUUAUUUUUUAAAUUAUUAUUAUCAUUAUUGUUGUUAUUUUUAUUAUUAUUGCUAUUACUGUUACUAAUACUAAUACUAUUAUUAUUACUCUUAUUAUCACUUCUUACCUUUUUUUAUAUGCCAAAUGAGAGUAUUAAUCCAAAAUCCUUCCUUCCAAAACCUGAUAUGAUAUAUUUAGGUCUUUUUUAUAUACAAAAUUAAGGCUCUUUAAUAGAAUUGUGGUUUUAUAUUUUUUUCUUCAUUGCUUGAAUAGAUAGAUAUUAUAAGUAAUAAAUAAAGAAGUUCAAUCAUG